CGUUAACCAGAUGAAGACGACGGUUCGAGAGGCAAACUUUGCCAAUUUCAAGCCUGUCUCUUCCCAGACAGCACUCCCUUUUUUCUGAAAAGAGACUUAUGCUGCUGGUCCGUCUGGGAUAAUGAGAACACUCGCAUUGAGUCCGGAUUGCGUCGUUUUUCAUCGGCAUAUCCGGAAUUUGGUCAGAGUCACAAUUCCUCGACUGUCUGUGCGAUCUCUUUCCCUGUACAUAGUCUCCAGUAACGUACAUGCUGUACUAGAUAAGGGUAAGGCUCUUCGCAGUGUUCGGGGGUCUUGCACCUCGGUUAUGAACCUCCAGCCCGAUCGCGUGACAAUAUUUUCACAUCGAUAAAUGUGCCAUUGCACGGCCGCCCUAUAAGUCCCCAACGAAUCUUCGCUUUCAGCUUUCGAUGCCUCCAAACCACCACGGUGCGACGAUCACCCAGCAGGCAACCGAGCAUGUCCCAGUUGAGGGUCCAGUGGUUGACCAUGCAAUAUCCGUCGCUGUCUCAAUAGUCGAGCAAGCUAUCGGCUUCCUAGACAUUCUUGGGACUGACGAGAGGCUCACGUAUCCAUCACAAGCCAUUCCUGGUGGGACAAUCGGUAAACACAUAAGGCAUGUUGCUGACCAUUACAAUUUACUUCUUAAGGCUGUUGUUGAAGGGAAGCUGAACGAUUUAUCUUAUGACACUCGGUCCCGCAACACACCCGUCGAAACUUCGAUUAGCAGAGCUCGGGAGGAGCUUCUAGGACUUAUAGAUCGGUUAAAGAACGUGGUCCCAACCGUACCACUUGAUGAGCCGGUAACUUUACAUGCUGUCACACCCUUCCCUGCCGUGAUGCAGACCACGUUUGGACGGGAGCUGUGGUUCACUUCGCUUCAUGCCAUUCACCAUUGGUCCAUGAUUCGCGUGAUUGCUGCCGAACAGGGCAUCGCCUCCGACGACCCAUUUGGAGUAGCCCCUUCGACUCUUGAGAGUAGGAAAGGUAGUGAAGGUCAAGACCUCAUGAAAUCGAAAAUAUGACCCUCUAUAAUGCUGGUUAUUACCCCUGCUCAACUUCCACUGAUGUUGACUGCUCGAGUGCAUUGUUCCAGAAUACCAAUCAUCUGACCCGG